AUGCAGACACUGGAUUUGGCAAAUUUUCCUGUUACAGAAACUCUUAAGAUGCUCGCCUCACUGCUGGAAAAGAUUACAAACGCAAAUGACCACUUAAAGUCAACUCAUAAUAACAUAAACCAUUCUGAAUCAACGUCGUCUUCCACGACAAAAACAUCCACUCCAUCCUUCACGCGUUUUCACGCACGUUCAGUUCCUUCAAUAGAUAUUCAUUCAUAUCUUUCAAGGAUAUUAAAAUACUGUCCUACCACUAAUGAAUGUUUUCUUUCAUUAUUGGUAUAUUUUGAUCGGAUGUCAAAGAAUGCAUCCGCUGCUUCGGGGAAAACCUUUUCUAUCGACUCUUUUAACAUUCACCGUCUGAUAAUCGCCGGUAUAAUGGUGUCCUCCAAAUUUUUCUCUGACGUAUUCUUCACAAAUUCAAGAUAUGCAAAGAUGUACGAUGAUGGCGGAGAACUCCCAUUUGCUUUUUUCUUAUCAGGGUCUAAAGAAAUUUAUUUAUCUAUAAAUCUCCCAAAUUCUUUAACUGUGGGAGGACUACCAGUAUCGGAAUUAAAUCAGCUCGAGUUGGAAUUUCUUAUAUUGAACGAUUUUCGCUUAGCAAUAAGUGUGGAAGAAUUACAACGAUACGGCGAUCAAUUACUCAAACAUUGGAUAUUAGAAGAGGAAAUGAAACAAGGGGGGGGCAUAUAUGAUAGUAUGCGAUUUCAAAAUAGUCCUACUAACCCUAGAUGGGACUCAGGGCAUAACUAUGAGAAGAACGUCACACAACCUAAAAGGACACGACGUUUACAUUCUAACGAUGACACAAGUAUAAGCAGAAGUGGUGGUUCAAAGCCAUUAAAAGAUGAUGAUCAAUAUGAUAAUGGUUACUAUUUUAGUCGCCAUCGUCGAGACAACAGUUUCUCAUCGACAAAAUCAUUGAACAUCCCAUAUCAAUCUUCUUUAACUUCAUCUCCACAACCAUAUUCAACGCAUAUAUCAAAAACACCACCCCCACCAUCUUUAUGUAGUUCCUCACCAUCUACUUCAAGUAGUUCACUUCCAAUUCCAAAUUCUAUAAAUGGUUCACCAAUGCAUACCCCUUUCGCUUCAAGUAGUAUGUUUAGUAUCCAUCAUCCACAUUAUCAUUUUCUACAUAAACCAUAUCCUCCUCAUACACAUCAUUCACACCAUCGAUCAGCGAGUAUAGAAGGGUCGACCAUAAAACGGGCGAAUAGCAGUGGCUCUUUAUUGAGUCGUGCAAGGGGUGGUGAUUUAUCUGACGACUUACAAUAUCAAAGACGUUCCUCACCGAAAUUGGUUAAUCCUGAAGAUCACGCUUAUCGAACUGCAGCUGUUUCUCCAUAUUAUUCUGCACUUCCGAUAUCAAAUACUUCAUCAUUAACAACUCCAAUGAAUAACAGUAAUAAUAGAGGCGUUCCUCAACAACCGGCUUUGGUAACUCCAUCUCCUACAAGGAACAUCGCAAAUCUCAUGAGACGCAUGUCUCAUGAUUCACCUGCAAAUACAUCACAAUAUCCACAGUCUACCUAUCAUUACGCUGGAUAUCCUCCUCAAUCAUCAACGCAGUCUCUACCAACCACUCCUGUGACUACAUUACCUUCAAUGCAAGGAAUAUCGUUUAAUCCUUCAGUCAUAAGUAACGCCGCCCAUUCUACUAUGGCUGCUGCUUUGAAUUAUGCUCGUAGAGCUUCUGUUGUUUUACCACAACUCCCACGUAACCUAGGUGGAAUUCAUAGCAGUAUGCCUUCGCCAGUAUCAACUGUCGCUUCUGAUAACAUGGGACCUGGAUUGGUUAGACGUGGAUCAUAUCCUACAGUAUUGAAUGGAAGCAGUCUUUCUAAUGGUAAUAAUAAUAAUGGUAGUGGUAACGGUAGUAUUCAUUCAGAACCAAGGAGUUCUAGUUCUAAUGUAGUAAUGAACAAUGGAUCUUCGUCAGCACAAACGUCUGUAUCUUCAAAUCCUAUAAUGGUUAAUGGGCAUGGACACACAAGUGGUAUAGGAAACAUAUUUCAUAAAAUUACUAAAAGGGGCAGUUGGGUAAUUGUUAAUCAUCCUCAAUCGAAUACCAAUCAUGGCCAUUAUAAUCACCAUGCACAUCAAGCUAAUCAUCAGCAUGCCAAACUUAAUAAACAUGGCUAUUAUUACCAACAGAAUUAUGACUAUGGCAAUGUAUCUCGAUCAUCUUCAUCUGAUUCUUGCCAUUCUUCAUCGACUACAGGUUCGGAUACCUCAGGAGGCUCAGGAAUGGAAUCGUCGAUCCCGACAUCGCAAACUGCCACAAACGGAAGUGAUAAUUCAAAUAUAAAUGGUGAAAAUUAG